AUGCAAAAUGGAAGAGGGCAAGGACAAAGUAGGCACCAUGGGAGCAAGGUGGAAUCCACAGGGACAAACUGCCAUGUACAUCUGCCUCUUACUGCCUGGAACCCCAAACCUGCAGUGCCCCACAGAAGAGAAGGCAGUGCCCUUGAUGCAGAACUGCACGUGUGCCCAGCCCAGGACUCAGAGAGCCAGCAAGAGCUGGAGAAGCUGUGGGCCCACUGGCUACCUCACACCCAGGUGGAUCGGAUCAUCUUCUGUGUCUUCCUAGAAGUCGACUUCAAAAUCUACAAAAAGAAAAUGAGCGAGCUUUUCCCUGCAGAUGAGAACGGUCCACAGGAAAAGCCGAGCGCCAAAGAAAUGGAAGGGCAGAGCCAAGAAGCAGACGGUGCCAGCGCUGCCACCGUGCCCAACCCUUCUUCAGAAGAGGCAGCUGAAGUCUGUAAACAUGAAGCCGAAUCUUUACCGUUUUUACCUUAUGAACUUUGUGCAGACAUCUUAUGCAAUUCUACAAAGGAUGACAAUAUUACAAAAGAAAAUGAAGUAACAGAUCAUUCUGUAUGUGGCCAAGAUCAUCCCAAUGGACAAAAGAAUGAUUCAAUGAAGAAUGAAAUAAAAAUUGAGGCAGAGUCCCAGAGCUCAUAUAUGGAAACAGAAGAGCUUUCAUUGAACCAAGAAGAUAUCACGAUCUUGGAGCAGCAAGAAGUGAUUCCACUAACAGAUGACCAAGAAGGAAAAGAAGGUGAAAAAGCUCAAGGCGAGGACACACCUAGAGUUCCUGUGAAAAGCGAAGGCUCUGGUGACACAGAAAGUUCUACAAGUCCUGAUGUUGAAAUGAAUAAUCAGGUUGACAGUGUAAAUGACCCAACAGAGAGUCAGCAAGAAGACUGA